AUGGGAGAUGAGUGGGCACUGAGGGAGACGGGCAGAGGAUGGGAGAUGAGUGGCACUGAGGGAGACGGGCAGAGGAUGGGAGAUGAGUGGCACUGGGAGAGACAACCUGGCAGGCGGAAACAAUCUUGUGUGAUUUGGAAGAUUCCUCCACUGAUUGCAGAGUUCAGAGUUGCUCUGACUGAACCAAAGAUCAGCCUCCCCAAACUACAGGAACUUUGCUUCAAUGGGAUCCCAUUUGAAGGGGGACUGCGUUCACUUUGUUGGAAGAUCCUUCUCAAUUACCUUCCUGUUGAACAGGCCCAGUGGAGCUCUUUCCUGAAGAAGCAGAGGGAGAUAUACGCACAAUUCUUGAAGGAGAUGAUUAUUCAGCCUGGAAUUGCCAAAGCAAAUCUGGGCUUUAUCCGAGAGGAUGUCACGCUAGAAGAUCAUCCAUUGAAUCCAAACCCUGACAGUCGAUGGAACACGUACUUCAAGGACAACGAGGUUCUCCUGCAGGUGGAUAAAGACGUCCGACGCCUAUACCCAGACAUGGCAUUUUUUCAGCGUCCCACUGAUUACCCGUGCCUUUUGAUCAUGGACCCUCAGAAUGAGUUUGAAACACUUCGCAGGCGGGUAGAGCAGACCACCCUGAAGUCUCAGACUGUUGCGCACAAUCGGAGCGGCGUUACAAACGUUUCCUCCCCUCGCAAGACAACCUCGGCUAAUGAGUACGAAGUGCUUCCCAAUGGUUGUGAGGCUCACUGGGAGGUGGUUGAAAGAAUCCUUUUCAUCUACGCCAAGCUGAACCCAGGAAUUGCUUAUGUUCAGGGCAUGAAUGAGAUUGUGGGGCCGGUUUAUUAUACCUUUGCAACAGACCCUAACACUGACUGGAAAGAACAUGCAGAGGCAGACACGUUUUUCUGUUUCACAAACCUGAUGUCAGAAAUCAGGGACAAUUUCAUAAAGAGCCUGGAUGACUCUCAGUGCGGGAUCAGUUAUAAAAUGGAGAAGGUUUAUUCAACGCUGAAGGAGAAAGACAUGGAUCUUUACCUCAAACUGCAAGAGCAGAACAUCAAGCCACAGUUUUUCGCCUUCCGUUGGCUCACGUUAUUAUUGUCACAAGAGUUCCUCCUCCCAGACGUCAUUCGAAUAUGGGAUUCCCUCUUUUCAGACAUCCACAGGUUCGAUUUCCUCAUCCUGGUCUGCUGCGCUAUGCUGAUUUUGAUCCGGGAUCAGCUGCUUGCUGGGGACUUCACUACAAACAUGAGGUUGCUACAGACAGUGGGUUCCUUUCGAAAAGCAGCACGCUGGCAAGCAUCUUUGUGCCCCAUCUCCAAAGAUCAGGUUGGGGCUGUCACUGUCCAGAAGCACCAGUGUUUGGAUUAUCCAAUUUCUGAUGUUGACCUGAUUCUAAAGAAAGCAAAAGAACUCCAGGAUUCUGCAUAGCGGCAGUGGAAAACUGCUCAGUAUUCCAGGAAGCUACCGCCCCCCCUCCCCCACUGACAUCUUCACAUUCUUUGACAGACAUACACGUGUGGACCCACAGGCACACACGUGACAAUAUGGUGGGAAAGUGACCAAACCUGCCUUUGCAGUGCCUUCUGGGAAAAUGUCUCCACACCCACAGGGAAGUGUGUGGCUAAAGUUGUCUUUAACUUUGUACUGUGCAAUCCUGUGACUCCUUACCCCACCUCUUCCCCAACCAAAUCUUUCCAUCUCCCUUCCUCCCUCCACUAUCAAGGGAUAUGCACUAAAGGUGCUGAGCAAGACAUGAGUAAUUGCACUCUGAAUGAUGACAAUGGCAUUUACUACAAUGAUAGAGUACAGUAGCAAGAUAAAUUAAUAAUUAUGUGUCACUGAGCUAAAGAAGGAGAAGCCCAGUUCUGCCAUGCUAUCUUGGUUGUUUUCUGUUGUGCUACCUGUGUUAGAGUGGUCUAGUCCAACUUAACUUAACCUUAAAACAGUAGCUGAGAGCUCAAUCAUUUCAAAUUGAAUGAUCCAGUCCAAACCCAAACUGCAGUCCACCUUCCAUUACUUUGAGAUACUGUAAACUCCUCACUAUAUCCUGAGAUACAGUGAGGUUUCCUGGAUCUUCAGUAUCACAGCAUUAUGACCUCCUGAAAGUUAUGGUGGUGGUGUUGGAGACUGGGAAGUGACUGACCAAAAUUAUCUCUGGGACUGAGGGAAACAUUUUGCAGGUUACUUGCUUUUUAGUACUGGCAUCUCCACCCAGCGCCAUAGGGAUAAAUGCAGAAACCUUUUUCAAUUGCAGCAAUAUUCAAAUAACUGGCCAGGCUUUCAGACUCGUUGCUGCUGAUUCGAGCAAAGUGCAGAACACCUUGUUUCUUUAAAGUUUGAGGUGUUGCAUCACAGCCUAUGAUUGAUAUUCAGUGCAGAAACUGAGAAUCAGUAUGCCUUGUUGAGUCAGAAUCGAUAUCACUAUUGUUAAAUUUGUAUUUAAGCUUUCUACAGUACUCCAGUCUCCCGUAUGAAAUCCCUUUUUUAAUGUUGUAGGGAAACAUUGUCUGAAAUGAUCACAUCUGAUCUUUAAAGAUGCCUCUUAACUGCUGGUGAUUUGUUCAGGAGUUCAUACCAACAUUAGUCCAUCACAUAGGCUAAAAAUAAUUCAGCUGUCUUCAACCACCAGGACUCUUGCGUGUUUAGUGCUAAACCUUAAUCUGUCCCCAUAUUUAAUACUAAACCAUCCCAGCAUUUCUCUAAAGAGACAACUUUUCUUUGUAGCAAUAAUGGUAGGACUAAUGAGAAGACAACAGUUCAAAUCUUUGUGUCGCCACUCUGUUACCUACUUGCACCCCUUGUGUUUAACACCUUUUGUUUUAAUUGGGUUAUCAAGCUAAACAUCAACUAAAUGUGCUCAGCAUUCGCAACACUGUGGUCAGCAGUGAUUUCAAGACUUGGUCAGGGUCAUUCCAAAUUUUGGAAUUUAUCACAACACUUAUUACCCACAUGUUUUUUUUUGGAAAGCUCAUUAAACUUUAACAUUAUAACUGGGCAGGACCAACCCUUCAGUAAUUCCUGUUCCUGUUAUUCCCAGUGAAGCUGCAUCCCCCGAAGAUCACAUUCUAUAAUUGAGUUUAUCACACAAUAGGCUGUUGAUAAUUAGCUGUUUGUGAUAAAGAGUGCAGAAAUGUCCCCACUUAUAUUUUCCCUGCAUUCCAACAGAAUUGUCUGAAGGUUGAAUCCGUAUCCAGUGUGUAUAAUUUGUUUUUGAUAAUUGGGUAAGUGAUUUGUUGUAUUGCAAAAUGCUGGAAGCUGGGUUUUGUUGGGUCUGAUAGUGCAACUUGGUUAUGUGCUUUCCCCUGUACAUUGCCAGUCAUGUGUUUUAAAGUGUGAAUUUCUUUCCUCCUCUUCACCCACCAAACAUUGAAAGGUCUGCCUUUCUGGUCACUGAAGCUCUUGAUCUGCUUGCAUUCGGCCCAUUGCAGUGCUAGUCCCUUGUGGCACUGUUCAAGUUUAAGAGAAUCUGAGUGAAGCAGAGAGCUGCAAGUUCAGUCGAGCAUUUUCUUCAGUGCGAGGUCAAGACAAAGAGGAACGUUGGUAAUUAAACGUAUAGUGUUAAUUGGAAUUAAAGUUGUACUGACCGGGAGAAGCCAUCCACAUUCCUGCAGUGAAAAUACCCAUUGCUAUAACUGCCCAGUGUCUUGGUGACUCACUUUUCUUACUGGUUAUAGGUUCCCAGUCUGGCUUUGUGAUGUGACGUCCAAGGUUUGAAGCUUUCUAUGACACAGUUACUCUUCCUUUCUGCAUUUAACCCCCAAUGCACCUUUUUCUGACAAUUUCACCUCAGUUCCUAACAAAGGGAACUGUUGUUUGUCUUCUCAUGGAGGAGGUGGAUAAUGGUAAUUCCACUUUGUUCUGCCAAAAGUUAAGAAAAAGGCCUUUUUGCUUAUUGCUGGUACUUCAUACAGGCUAUCCCAACACAAAGUAAUUUUCCUGGGGAGGCCUGCGAACUGGGGAAUCAAAUAGUUCCCUCCAGACCUGUCCUGCAAUUUUGGGUGUGGGGUAUAGAGUUUAAAUCUCCAUUCCAACCAAUGUUCAUUUCUGAUACCAACGGGUCAGGAUUCUUCCACUAAUGAGGGGGCAGCACUUAGAAACAAAACCACAAUGUCCCAACCUCCCAUAAGUCAAAGGAACACAGGAAGGCCAUACAGCCCCUCGAGCCCUGACUUCAGGCCGUUUUUUUUUGGGGGGGGGGGAAUUUCUGCUUCCAUUUACGUAAAUAUUUUCUGAACCUGACACUUGAAUUUCCAGUUGUUCCAGUUUUAAAAUUAGCUCCCCCACCUCUGCUCUCUGAGUUGGAUUGCUUUGAACUCGGGCAGUGUCCUCUGCCAAUAACAAAGUGGAAUUUUGGGCUCCGGGACUGAGCUAUCAUUCUCUCCCCACACCCAUCCCACACAUAAAGGGAACAUUUCAAUUUAUUCUUUAAGUAUCAUUUUGAGUCACCACAAUUUCUGUUCUUAGUGUGUCCUUUUUCUUUUCAUGUUAGCCCAGCUUUUGCAGGACCCAACCUUAUCCUUGCUUUCCCAUUUGCUCCAUUUACCCUGACCAUGUGUGCCUUGGCAUCUGACACCUCUCAUUGUGUGUGGGGUGGGGUGGGAAGGGAAGCUUGGAAUAAGAUUGGAUGCCAUUAAGGAGUCCCAGUUAGUUGGGAGAUGGUUAAGGAGCAGUAUCACACUGCAGUGGCUGGAUGGUUUUAGGGACCACCUUUGUCCCACAUCACUCAUGCAAAGGUUACUCACCAUUACCACGCCACAGAUUCUGUUCCCUAAUGCUCCUAAUUGUUGCUCGGUUGUGUAUUCGCGUCUGCCAUGUGACAAGAUUGUAUCAAAGAUGAAAACCCUCCAGAUUAUGGACUGAGAAGUUGAUUGUUUAUUAGACUAAAUUUUUCAAAAUAUUGAUGUUUUGAGGGGGUUACAUUGUUUCAGAUAAGUGUUGAUUCAGCUUAUUAUCAUUGUAUAUGGAAAUACUUUGGAAUGACAUUAUCAAUGGAUAAGUAGUAUAUAAGACAAAUCAAUGCAACUGAUUAGGAUCUAAUGAAUGGAAUAUUUUUUUCUGAACUAAAACAAAUCCUACUUCUAAUGUGGCUCUCCAAUAUUGGUUUCAAAAGUUUUUUUAUAAAUUAGUGGAUCCUCCCAAUUCUGGUAAACAGUCAACAGCAAAACUCUAGGGUUUGCUAUAAUGCUCUUGCAAAGGAAACACUGCAGUAAAAUGACAGUAUUGAUCCCAGAUUUAGACCAUUUCCCUUGGACUUUUAUGCAUGCACACACACACUUGCCUCCUGUGUAUCUAUCUCUUGUACCUUUCCCUCUCACACUCCAUUUAGCCUUCUCCCAUCUUCUAUGAAAGAUAAUAAAUUGAUUGUCUCUCUUCUACAAUAUCUGUUGGCAUCUGCCAGCUUCUCAUUUGUUGACAAUCACAAUCUAUCUCUCUUUCUUUCUUCUCUGUCUCUAUUAUGCACAUUCCUUACAUUUGUUCUACGUCUCCCUUUCCACCCCAUCAACAAGACAUAACAAAUAGACUAUCUUGUGCACAGUCUGUCUGUUUGUACACUGUCACGUGUUCUCUCUCUCUCUCACACUGCCCAACAAUACCUGUUGGGAGAAGGAUGCUUGGUAGAAAGCCAAGUAUUAAAAUAAGCGUGCAGCUGAAGGUGCUGUUUUUGACAAUAUUCAGUGUUAUUUUAGAAUUGAUUUAAUAUAAAUUGCGAAUGCUUAGAACUAUGGUGUUUAUAACUAGAUGUGGUGAUCAGUGUUUUAAUUGAUAUGACAGAACCCUGAAGGUCACAAUGAUACUAUAGAGAGACUGAAUAAAUGCCUCCUAUUUUCCCAAUAAUAGUUAUUCUUAUGUUAUAUAUUUGCCUUAUGAUGAACUUUAAUUGCUUUUCUUAAAUGUUGUAAUAGAUUUCUUUUUGAUAUUGGGAUUGGAGUGCAAAAGUCUUAAAACGUGGUGCAUCUGAGUAUAGCUCAGUUGCACUUAUCCCAGUUUAUGGGCAGAUGGGGAUUAGACUCUUGAAUUGGAAGACUUUAUUUGAAAGCCUUCCUUUCCCAUGACAUUUACAACCAGUGGCAGAGAGGUACAAGGACGUGGCUAGUCUCUGAUUGGCAGGCCAGUGAUCCAACUGGGCAGUAUUACAUAUCUGCCUGGCUCAGAUAAGAUUGUCCAGGCUCAUGGAGAGGUAAUGUACUUCUGUGCAAAGAGCAAAUAGCAGCCUUAACGUGUUCUGCACAGCUUGAUCCUUUGCAGAUAGGGAUGUGUGUGACCAAGAGGUGGUAGUUCAGAGAGGGAAAGGAACGAGACAGCAAAUGAUUGAUUUUCCUUGCCAGCAUUUGUGGCUGAAGUGGGGAUGACAUUUAGUGAUCAGUACAAGAGCUAAUCCCUUUGAAGCAUGAAUGACCAAAGCUAAUGAUGUUAUUUCAACUGCCAUAGGAUCCUAAUACGAUGAAACUAUAUUGUUUGUGACUGUUGCUGCAUAUAAACUGUAGCAAAUUAUGUGCCAUCUGACAGCAGGACCGUGAGGGACAGAUUGCCUGUUGUGGCUCUUUAGACAUGGUUAUGUCUCUCUAACUUAUUCAGGAAAGGGUAUGAAGGUAGCAACAAAACAGAUCUCAACACUAAAUUAUAGUGCAGGAGGGAUCGAAUGAUUACGAAUGCAUGAUGUUGAUCAACUGGAAUGUAUUGCAUGUGAGAGCCAGUGCAACUUAUUUUUGCAUUAUGGUUUAGGCUCUUGUUUCAUGACUGAGGCUGGCUGUUUAAUCUGUGACUGGUUUAUUGUAUUUUCAUCAAAAACUAAACCUCAAUCAACUCUGUGUCAGAAAUGCAACAAAACUUGGAAAAGACAUAUUUAUCUGCUACAGCACAAUUUUAUUUUUGCUGGCCAGAAACAAGAGUAAAUUAUUUAAUUCUUUUUGCUGUUGAUUGUGAUGUUUGAUUUGAAAUUUCUUACUAACACCUCCCCAGGUCAUUGCCUGAAUAAUGGUAUUCAAUUACAGUAAAGAAAAGUGAGGUGCAUUAGCCAAAUUCCACCAAACUUUACCUGAAACCUCUGCAUCUUCUACGAAUUAUAAGUCUCAAGCUCUUUAUGAAGGUUUUUGGGGCCAACUCAUUUAGGCUCCUUCUGUGAUAAGCUUCUGAUUGUGUGAAUGUUUCAAUAAAGGUUUACUUACUCUGUGUGACAUUUUGACUGUUAGUACUGUUUUCCAAAGGAAAAUGUGCACUUGUAUUUAAAAUAAUUUUACAAAUUGCGCUCAAUGUUGACACCUGAAUUUUAGAAUUAAAAAAAUUUGAUAGCAUAUUCUGUUCAAAGCGCAUAUUGUUGUUUAUGUUUCAAAAUAAAAUUAAUUUUAAAACUGUA